AUUGCUGUAUCUCCAGGCAGCAGCGUCAGUUCCCUGACUGCAGUCACAGCCAUGAGCAGCACUUCUGUCACAGAUGCCUCUAUGCCCAGGCCAUCAGAAGACUUGACUGUGAGCCCCAAGAUGCAGCUGGACACCAGCCUCACGCUGAGUAGCAGUAGCAGCAGUCUCCAGACUAGUCCUAGGAGCCAUUCAGUUCUUAUCCCAGGCCUUCCUGACAAGCUAACACCAAAGGCACCUGUUCCAGUCGCACCAGGAAACCCCUCUCUAGCACUGGAACUGCAGGAGGUGGAGCCCUUGGUGGUGCCCCAGGCUUCUCCAACCCGCGAGCGCUCGCCAGACGUCAUUUCCUCUGCUUCCACAGCCAUGUCCCAAGAUAUCCCAGAGAUUGCUUCUGAGACCUUGCAACGCAGCUUUGCGGCAGCUCCGUCUGGGCUCCCUGCGGAGGUGCUGGAGCCCAGUCAUCACGCAGACAGUAUGGCAUCCGCUGCCUCAGCCUUGCAUUUGCUGUCUCCGAGGAACCGGCACAAUUCAGAGCACAGCCACCACUCUUUGGACAUGCCUCCAGUGGAGGUGGACAGACUGAAUGCUCCAUCAUUACUGGAGACUGCUUUAACUCAGGAAAAUGCAUCUUCUGACAGUGUUGUGAGUCAGCCAUGGCCAGCAGCUCCUGACAUAACCAGAGAAACCAGGAACAGCAUGGCAGACAGCCCAAGGGAUGAGGUUGAAGAAAAGCACAAGAGCUCUUCCUAUCAUCGACACAGCUACCAUCUGCUGCAGCAUGACAGCCAGGAUGCUAGUGCAGAACAAAGUGACCAUGAUGAUGAAGUUGCAAGCUUGGCUUCUACAUCAGGUGGAUUUGGUGCCAAAGCGUCUACGCAGAGGCUGCCUGUGAAGGACUGGAAAGCCAAGGCAUCCCCUCGGGCUUCCCCAAAGCUAAAGCGGAAGGGCAAGAAAGAUGACGGGGAUGUGAACCAGUCGCCAAGAUCAUCUAACAACCAGGUGACACCAGAGUUCCAGGAUGAGCUGAUGUGCAUAUUGAGGAGCCAACAGCGGGAGCUCUCUGAGCUGCGUCAGAACCAGAUGGAGCUGCUGCAGAGACUCACGGAUCACCUUGAUGCCAUUCAGAGCUCCCUUAUGGGCCACGUGGAGAGGGUGAUUGACUCCCAGCGGGAGCAGGAGCAGAGAAGACUAGACCGAGCGCUGACGGAAGGACAACAGCGCAAUGGGCAGCUCCAGGAGCACCUGUCUCAGCAACUUUCUCAGUCCCUUUCCACUGCUGUGUGUAACCGUCUGGAGAGGACCAUUCGUGAGGAGAUGAAGAAGACCGUACCCCAGUGUAUUUCCAAGAGCAUGGACCCUAUUGCUGGCCAGCUAAGUAACACUAUUGCUGCCAAGCUCACUGCUGUUGAGGGGACACUGAAAGAGAGUAUCACCAAGCUAGUGAAGUCAAAGAACCUUACAGAUACUGUUGUGAGGGCAACGGCCGAUACCCUGCAGGGUCCGAUCCAGUCAGCUUACAGGGAAGCGUUCCAGAGUGUCGUGUUGCCAGCCUUCGAGAAGAGCUGCCAGUCCAUGUUCCAGCAAAUCAAUGACACCUUCAAGCAGGGCACACAGGAAUAUAUCCAGCAGCUUGAGACUCACUUGAAGAACAAGAAGGUACGAGAACAGGAGGCCCGGGACCCGCUGCUGAAUCAGCUUCGACAGCUCAUCAGCACCUUCCAGAGCACCACCGAGCAGCUGGCUUCCACUGUUGCAGCCAGCGUCCAUGCUGAGGUGCAGCAUCAGCUGCAUAUUAUCGUGGGCAACAUGCAGGAGUCUAUUUUGGCCCAGGUGCAGAGAGUCAUUAAAGGAGAAGUGAGCCUAGCUAUGAAGGAGCAGCAAGCAGCUGUCACCUCCAGCAUCGUCCAGGCAAUGCGCUCGUUUUUUUUGGAUUUCCAGUCUCAGCAAACUCACAUCCUUCAGAUGCUCCAGCAGGGACACCUCAACCAAGCUUUCCAGCAGGCUCUAACAGCAGCUGAUCUCAACCUGGUCCUGUAUGUCUGUGAGACUGUGGAUACUCAGCAAGUAUUCGGGCAGCAUCCAUGCCCGCUGUCCCAGCCUGUGCUGCUCUCUCUCAUUCAGCAGCUCUCCUCGGAUUUGGGUACUCGUACGGAACUGAAGUUGAAUUACUUGGAGGAAGCAGUGAUGCACCUGGACCGCGGUGACCCCAUCACCCGAGACCACAUGGGGUCAGUCAUGAACCAGGUGCGGCAGAAGCUCUUCCAGUUCCUCCAGGUGGAACCCCACAACACGCUGAGCAAGCCUGCCCGUCGCCUCAUGAUCAUGCUCCAGGGCCUGGUCACCCCCGGCAUGACCUAG